AUUGCACACACGACGGAGUCAUCACAUGAUUGUGAGGUAAGCCUGGCAAACAAAGCUUGGCACGCAGCUAGCGGUUGAACCACCGAGUCCAUAUAAAGGAGACUGUGACUUUGGGAGCAAGUGUUCCUAGAGGGGAUCAUACAAUUUGCUAAAGGAGGUUGGCUUUCUUUCAUCAAUGUAUCGUUCGGAAGUGAACUCACUCUUAGGGUUUGAUUUUUCCUGAGGACUGGGAAACAACACUGCAGUGCGGCGAGGACGGAAGCCGAGUUCAAACCUGGGUAUUGCCCGUCCGCCCUGUACAUGUGCCUCAUCCUCGAUCUUUGCUGCGUCUCAUACGAAGGAAAUGAGGACGAUGUGGCUAAUGACGAUAACUGUGGGGUUAGUGACCCUAAUUUUGGUCAAAUGGUUGAAGGACUAUGUGCAACGAUGGCGGAUGCCCCCUGGACCAUUUUUCUGGCCAGUCAUUGGUAACCUUUCCUUGUUUAGUGGCAAGUCGUACCUAACCUUCAUCGACCUCGCUAAGACGUACGGAGACGUUUUCAGCCUGAAGAUGGGAAUGACUGACGUGGUCGUACUGAACAGUCUGGAUGCUGUAAAGGAGGCUUUUGUGAAGAAGGGAGAGGAUUUUGCAGGCAGGCCGAAGAUGUUGUCAACGGAUAUAUCUUCUGAAGGUGGAAAAGACAUCGCCUUCGCAGACUACAGUCCAACAUGGAAACUACACCGGAAACUGUUUCACAGUGCCAUCAGGGGUUAUGCUUCAGCACAGAAUCUACAAAGUAAAGUCCAUGAGUCUUUGGAAGACACCAUCGCUGUGUUCUCCAAGAUGGAGGGUCAAGCAGUGGACCUUGAAGACUACAUUUAUCAGCUGGUCUACAACGUCAUCUGUUCAGCUGCAUUCGGUACAAGGUACAACAUGGACGACGAGGAUUUCAACACCCUGAUGAAAAUAAGCAAGGACACCACUGAAACGUUCGGACAAGGUCUUCUUGCUGACGUUUAUCCUUUACUUCGGUUCCUGCCUUCAUCGUCUGUAACUGCCAACCGAAAAAUGACGCACCAACUUAUGGAGAUCAUGCAGCGUCAUCUGGAGCAGCACAGGGAAUCAUUUGACCCAAAUAACCUCCGUGACAUCACAGAUCACAUGAUCAAGGCUCAGAAGGACGCUGAGGAGGAGGGAAUCCAGGACAUCGAUUCUCUGACAGACACUCAUCUCAGGCAGUUGAUUGGUGACAUCUUUUUUGCGGGUACAAUCUCAACUAUCUUGACUCUACGCUGGGCCAUCCUGUACCUUGCUGUCCACCCGGAGAUACAGGAGAAGGUGGCUGCUGAGUUAGACAGUGUGGUGGGCCGUGACAGGCUGCCGGAGCUGUCCGACCGUGAGGCCACGCCGUACACAGAGGCGAUCUUUCAUGAAGUGAUGCGGAUGGCAUCCAUGGAUCCUGUGUCUUUGCCACAUGCUACAACUGUCGACACCACGCUAAGAGGUUACCAGAUCCCCAAGGGUACUUGGAUCCUGCCGAACCUGUGGGCCCUGCACCAUGACCCUGACACCUGGGGAGAUCCGGACGUUUUCCGGCCUGAACGUUUCUUGGAUGAGAGUGGAAAACCCAUACCCAAACCUGCAGCUCUAAUGCCAUUCGGUGUUGGACGUCGUGCCUGUCCCGGCGAAGCCCUGGGAAAAGCAGACACCUUCCUCUUACUUGGAGGAUUGGUCCAGAACUUCCGCUUCAGCAUUCCCGAGGGUGAGGGGCCUCCUGAUCUCACCCCUGAUGAGAUAGGUCAGGGCAGCAUCAGCAUACCUUACCCGUACAACGUGGUCAUGACCUGCCGGAAGUGAAUGUUGCUGAUCUACAGAAAGUCGAUGAUAAAGUCGUGUAAUAAGUGGAAUAACUGAUCCAACUGUGCAUGCGCAUGUCAAAGGUGAGGGCCCCUGAUAUAAUAAAUUGUUGCCUUGACUAUAUAUGGCCUCCGUCGGUCACUUUGCAUGAUGUCCGGACGUCUUUUCUUUAUGUCUCAGGGGUCUUCACCUUUGACAUGCGCAUGCCCAGUUGGAUCCGUGAACGGGCUUAUUCCAAUGGCACAGACGAACAAAUUGCCAUGUCACGAAGUAUCCCAAGUAAUGCAUGAAGCUCUGUCUCAAAAUCUGCCCAUCAAACGAGUGCAUAAGAAUUGCAGGAUUUAAUUUACUAUCACCGGUUUGUCCAUGAUUUAAGAGGGAAAGAAGAAAAUUUGUAAUGUUUUAAAUUUGUGAUUGAAAUUGUGUAGUAUGUUUAACUUGAUAAAACGAAAGCCUAUUCGCGGUGUCAUGAUUUCGUGGUGGAGAUGUCACCAAUGAAAAAAAUAAUCGUCCAAUUCCGUACUCAUUUCAGUGAAUGAAAACUGUUUGAAGCCACGUUGAUAACGUAAUACUUAAUCACGAAUGUAGACUAGCAGCAUGAAAUUAUAUAAGAUUCAAGCAGGAUAACCAUAACAUUAUACUGUAUAUUCUAAUAUAAUAUGAUAUGAUAUGGGAA